AAAUUCUGUGCAAGUGUAACUCGAAACUGUUGUAAAGUGCUGUGUUUUGUAUAAAAAAAUUGUUUAAAAAUACAUUAUGUCGUGCGGGUCUGAAUGUCUGUCGGUGGGUCCACCGCCGGACAGCAUCCUGCGUAUGCCGCCGCCGCCGCUGCCAGCCUUCCUGGCCAGCGCCGGCGCUGCUAACCUGACGCCGCCAUGCAAGGCCGCGCGUUGUCCCCCGCACCACAACAACGAGGUCAACGCGCUCUUCCCAGGAGUCGAAUACCAUGAGCUACCAAGACAUGAGCCUGCGGGUUACGACGACACGUGGUUCCUGGUGUUGAUCACGUGCUGCAUCGCCGUGCUCUGCAUCGCAGCCCUACUCGCACUCUUCCUACUCAAGUGUAGAGAGGCACGUGGUGGUUGUAAGAGUGGUACGGGCAAGGCGAGCGGCUCCAACGCGCUGUACGGUAGCGCCGCCCUGGACUCCCGCGUCCUGUGGGCGGCUCUCACCCCGCGCGGCACGCGACACUUCGUCGCCGACACCUACCCGCACGACGAGACCGAAGACCAUCACUACGAGUGUGUCGAACCCCCGCUAUAUAAACUCGGACCACCGGACGAUCUCGCCAUCACAAGACACUUCAACGUCGAAUACGAAGACCCGGCGCCUCUCAUCGAAAGCUACUCCGAUAGAACAGAGGAAUACUUUAGAAACGGAAUGGAAACGUUACGUAGAACUAGACCGCUAGUCUCCUCGCCUACUAGGAUCGAAAGACCAAACCUUCCUCCCUUGAACCUCCAGCCGAGGACCCUCCGCCGAGCGCCGCACUCGAGGCGCGUCAGUGACGCCAACAAUUCUGAGAAGUCGGCCAUCUGAAGCGAGGGAGGCGCGGUCUUCUCCGUCGCCGAUACAACAGACAUAGAUUACGAGUGGCAGUCCAUCGCGGACUCCAACGUCGAUCGCCUCGUGUGAGAACCUAACAGUUCUCAACACUUCAAAGCAAAAACUUUCAUAUGAGUGAAUUUCAACUACGUGUUUUAGCUAUUUUCACAAGAUGUUUUUAUGUUCGGGUAUAUAGCUUAAUUGCACAGAUAAUAUCUAGAUGUUAGUACUUUAACGCAUAUAAUUUAUAUUUUUAAGAUCUGUAAGUAGUUCACAAAUCCCUCAAAAACGUAGGUCUAUUUAAUAAAAUAAAAUUAAGACUUAAGUACUGUUUACUCUAGUAAUCGAUUAGAAGGCGAAAAAGAAUUUAAGUUUUUCCUUUACAAAAUAUAACUAGACUAACUCUACCCUAACAUACUUCUACCUACGUAUUAAAUAAUACUAACCAAAUCAUAUCAGAAGAAACGUAUUAAGGUUUUUGAGUGUAAUAGUAAAGCAAGAUGACAAUAUGAAUUAUUUCCGUUUACAUAAGGUAAUUAUUGUAGUGCAAAUAAAAAAAAUUGUCUUGUACAUAAGUAAAUGUAAAUACAAAAAAUUAAGCUU